AUUCAAGAUGCUGCAAGUCAAGGCUUGAAAUUUGUUGGAAUUAUACCUCAGUACCAUUCCCAAAAGAACUGUCUUGUCAAUGCCUCCCUGACACCCGCCAGUAACAACUCUGUGCCAUCAAGAGAUAAUAAAAAUGUUUCAAAUUACCCUGAGGAUCAUGCUUCACUGGCUGGCGAGAAGAGAGAUGGCAUUAAUGGAUGCAGUACUCCAGCACCGAGUGAGGAGGGUGCUGACCAGUGUGCCACAUCCAGGGAGUUCUGGGGAGGUGAAGGACAAGCUGCUGAAGAGCUGGAUCUCAAGUCUGCGAAGGGAGAUGAAGAGCAGUUUCACCAUGCAAACCCCAGUGUAACAGAGGCCGCAGACAAAGCGAAUGGACUUGCGGAGAACGAGACGCCAGCACGAGGCUUAAAACCGCUGACUGGUAAAACAGAGAUCUUCGCUCUCUUCAACAAGCCAAAAAGCCCACAAAGAUGCAGCCAGUACUAUACAGUGACUAUCCCUAUGAGGAUCUCCAGGAAUGGGCAGACUGUCAGCAGCUUAGAAGCAAAUUGGCUGGAGCACAUGACAGAUCACUUCAGGAAAGGAGGCUCAUUGGUAAACGCCAUCUUCAGCCUUGGGAUGGUAAAUGAUUCUUUACAUGGGACAAUGGAUGGAGUAUUUCUCUUUGAAGAUGUUGCUGUGGAAGAUGGUAAAACCAUGCAUGGCUAUGAUGCAAUUGUUGUAGAGCAGUGGACCGUCCUGAAGGGCACCGAGGUGCAGACCGACUACGUCCCGCUGCUGAAUUCUCUCGCUGCGUACGGCUGGCAGCUGACCUGUGUCCUGCCUACUCCCAUUGUGAGGACCAGCAGGGAAGGGAAUUUAUCUACAAAGCAAAUUGUAUUUCUUCAGAGACCUUCUUUGCCCCAGAAAGCAAAGAAGAAAGAAUCUAAGUUCUACUGGAGGUUCUCCAAAGAAGACAGGCACAGCAAGCGAAUGAAGAAUUCCACAAAGGCUAAAUUCAGUACGAGGGGGAAGCAAGCGGCAGAGGGGAAGCAGGAAUUUGAAGUCACAGAGAACACAAGAAACUUAGAAGCGCAGAUCUCAACAGCGGCCGGGCCUGCUCCAGAACAGCCCCUGGACGAUGUCAUAGACUUGGGGGAUGAGGUUGCCGGGACCGACGACAGAGGUGCCCGUGGCAGCGGGGCAUCAGAGGCAGACAGUG